CGUUCUCCGUUGCUAUUGUUUCACGGUAAAUAUGACGGUGGCACCGAGACCAUCGAUUGAGACCUAACCACAUCGAACUUGGGCUAAAUUAUUUCCGAGCAGGAUAAGAGACUUCGGGAAACGCCAUGGCGGACGAUUCGUUCGAAAACUUAAAAGAGCAUGCGUUUCAUCCGGCGGAUCCACCGCAUGGCUUGCGAAACUACGAUAUUGGGAGUCUCAAACCAGACCAGCAGAAAACUCUGAAUAAAAUGAAAAUGAUUCACCGUAUAGAAAAUGAAAAAUAUUUCAAAGCUCACCCAGAAAUCAGGGGGCUCAUCUCCAUAUUAUUGAGGCAAGUUUUUCAAUUUCUACAUCGUUCUGUGGAGUUGCCCUCCCUUAAAGAAAAACUCUUUCGUUCAUUGACGGAACGGGAAAUACGCGUUUACAAAUGCAAAUAUCUCCGGCUGAUCAUUUCUUUUGCUUUCCCUGCAUCAUCCAGACAUAUUUUGACGAAGCAACCUUCUUCUAACGUGCACGAGAUCGCUGGAGCCUUCUUCACCCGACCGAGAGGCAAAAUAGUUAAGGAACUGAUGGACUACUUGGCGGACAAAUGCCAUUCGGAACCGAUAAUGGAUGCGCUGCGAAAAGAAAUGACGAAAAGACACGAUGUUCCUGAGAGAAGAAAUUCGACCGACAUGGACGAAAGUGUCGAAGCUGAUCAAAAAUUUUCGUCGACUUCAUCCGAACUACUUAAGGAGUAGAUGUGCACUAAAGUCGCGGACAGACACUCGGACGAAUUUAUCAUCCGCGAUAGAAAUGUUUAUCGCUCGGUCGGAAAGACUAUCGGUGUAGACCGCAGCCGCGUGUAUGAUACGAGACGAUGAUAAAAGGUGUAUUAAAAAUAAUCUAAUCUCGUUGCCUGAUCUUGUACAAUGCGGUCCGGCAGCAUAUCUCGUGCUAAAUGGACUGGCGUUUUCUGACAAAGAUGACUCACUGACCUCAGCGCGUCGGCGCCACAGAAGCCGACGUGGGUGAAAGAUUAUGCAAAUCAUGUAUUAUUAAUUACUGGUCAGUGAUGAUCUUCAUCAGCUGCAGACCCUGGCCCUUAUAUGGUUCCAGCCAAGCGGCUCUGGUAAAAUGUAUCACGGUUAUCAAU